GGACAGCUCCCCUCCUGCCAGAACUAGGCAGGCACUGCAGCAGUGGCAUGGCCCUGUCAGAAAACCCCAGGGACUGGAGAGCCAGCCGCAAAGGCACCAGCCUUGAGACAGAUCUGGGGACCAGCUCAGGCAGGAAGCCGGCCGGCCAUCCGAAGACUGUCCCCACGGCUCACCUAACGUUUGUUAUCGACUGUGCCCGUGGGAAGCACCUCUCCCUGGCAGCACCUGUGCCGCCCCGAGCCUCCAGCCCCCACCAAGGGCCUGUGGCCCCGCCAAUGAAGACCUACAUUGUGUUCUGUGGGGAAAACCAGCCCCGUCUGACUCAGGAGACCACCCUGGGUGGCGGAGGCCUUGCCCAGGCCAGGGCCACACAGCCACCCUGCAGAGGGACGGCAGCCCCGGCUUCCUCCCCGGGAAGCCCCCGGGAGAUUCCUGAGACCAAGGGGAGACCCUUGAAGGCUGCACCUGCGAGGUCUUCAACCUGGGGCACAGUCAAGGACUCCCUCAGAGCUCUCUCCUCCUGUGUCUGUGGGCAGGUGGAUUAGCCGGAAGCCCAGGGGAGGAGGCUGGCACACCAGGCUCUAAUGCCCAGGGCUGCAAUUGUCAGGGCCUGCCCCCGAUUCCUCGGCCAAGCGGCAAUCUUUCCUGCCUGAGCCAAAGAAAGAACAUUACAGCCACCAAAGGACACCUGAAACAGCCAUCACGUGCACCCUACUUCCAAUCUCUGCCAGCCUUUCAGCAGAGGCAGGAUAAGGCUAAUUCUUUCUUGCAGCAAACGCUAAUGGAGUCUUCUCCGUGCCGGGCCCUGCCCUGCAAAGUGUCUGGGGAAGACAGUACAGUUUUUUUUGGAGCUUCUGUUCUUGGGAGCAGGGGAAGGGGCAAAGGGUUAAACAAGUAUCCAAAUAAAUAAACAUGAUUUUGAACAGU